AUGUCUCCAGCAGCCAUCAUUCCCCCGGUCCCCAUCGGCCCAGUCGGCCAACCUGAUAUCCAAUAUCUGCCGGAUCCAGUCAAGUACGCUGCGCGGACGAAGAGGCGCCUACAGACAGAGGACCUGCCAAAAGCUCUACCGGAGGGCUUUCCAAUGGAGCUAGAGUCCGAUCUUGUUUGGGAUGGGAAGAAUCUGGCCGAAUCCUACGACUGGAAUUACCACUUGACGAAGGAGGAUAUCGCCGAGGUAGAGGCUGCGCUGGAGCACUUCAAAAGCCUGGACCUCCCCCUCGGCUACAUAACCCAAACAACCUUCCCACUCCCAACCCUCCACGCAACCCUCCGCUCAAUCUCUCACGAAAUCCACCGCGGCCACGGCUUCAAAGUCCUCCGCGGCCUCCCCGUCGACUCCCACACGCGCUCAGAAAACAUAACCAUCUACGCCGGGCUCGCCUCGCACAUCGCGCCGGUCCGCGGGCGGCAGGAUACAAAGACAGCCCACGGCGAGCCCGCAGACGUCGUGCUCGCACACAUAACAGACCUCAGCCGUGUGGUGGAUCCGACAGCGAUCAAGGCGCCGGCAUACACGACGGAGAAACAAGUCUUCCACACGGACAUCGGCGACAUCGUUGCGUUGUUUGCGCUGGGGGAGGCGGAUAGCGGCGGGCAGAGCUUCUUGUCGAGUAGCUGGUUUGUGUACAAUGAGCUUGCGAGGACGAGGCCGGAUCUUGUACGGACGCUGGCGGAGCCGUGGGUGAGUGAGGAGGGGGGUGGGGUUGUGGAGCGGCCGCUGCUUUUCCAUCAGCCGGCUUCUGCGUCUUCGUCUGAGCCUGAGAGGCUUAUUAUCCAGUACGCCCGCCGCGGAUUCACGGGAUACUGGGGUCGACCGCGCGAUCCGUCCCUCCCACCCCUAACCGAAGCGCAAGCCGAAGCACUGGAUGCACUGCACUACCUCGCCGAGAAAUCCGCCGUCUCGCUGGACUUCCACAAGGGGGACAUCCAGUUUGUGAAUAAUCUGUCGAUCUUCCAUGCGCGGGCCGGGUUUAGGGAUUCCGAGGAGAAGAGGAGGCAUCUCGUGAGGCUUUGGUUGAGGGAUCCAGAGCUUGCGUGGAAGACGCCCGAGGGGUUGGCGUCGAGGUGGGAGGGGAUUUAUGGGGGUGUUCAAGCGGAGAAAGAGGUGUUUCCAUUGGAGCCGUUUGUUAGAAGUCUGUGA